AUGGUGUGCUCUCCUAUUGAAUGCGUCCACCUACAAAAAACCAAACCCACUAUUCUUCUUCUUCUUCUCCCUCGAGGUUUUUUCUUCUUCUCCGAAACAAUUCCUUCAUUAAUUGUCUUCUACUUUUCACUCUGUUUACUCUUUUCGAUCUCCCAAACACCAAACCUGACAGACCCAUCUUCUCCAAAACCCUCUUCCUCCGUCGCUCCCCUUCGUGGGGAUGCCGAAUCUUCUUCACCUGCGUCCUCCGAUCCUCCGCCUCUUGCCAUGAUUUCUUCCAGAGAUCCCGAUGCUCUCUUCAGUGGCGGCGGAAUCAGCUUUCUAGCGGGAAAUCUGCCUGUGAAGUUUAGUUAUGGGUACUCUAGUCUCAAGGGUAAACGAGCAACAAUGGAGGAUUUCUUCGAAACUCGAAUAUCUGAUGUUGAUGGACAAAUGGUUGCUUUCUUCGGUGUCUUCGAUGGUCACGGUGGUGCAAGAACUGCAGAGUAUCUUAAAAACAAUCUUUUCAAGAAUUUAGUUACUCAUGAUGAGUUUAUCUCAGACACUAAGAAAGCCAUUGUCGAAGGGUUUAAGCAGACGGAUGAGGAGUAUCUCAUUGAAGAGAGAGGACAGCCGAAGAAUGCUGGCUCAACCGCAUCAACUGCUUUGCUUGUAGGGAAUAAGUUGAUUGUUGCCAAUGUCGGUGAUUCUAGAGUUGUAGCCUCUAGAAAUGGUUCAGCUGUUCCACUCUCUAAUGAUCAUAAACCUGAUAGAUCAGAUGAGCGACAAAGGAUUGAAGAUGCUGGUGGCUUUAUAAUCUGGGCUGGAACGUGGCGGGUUGGUGGAAUUCUUGCGGUCUCUCGGGCAUUUGGGGAUAAGCAACUUAAGCCAUAUGUUAUUGCGGAGCCAGAGAUUCAGGAGGAGGAUAUAGGCACGUUGGACUUUAUUGUUAUUGCUAGCGAUGGGUUGUGGAAUGUCUUGUCAAACAAGGAUGCUGUGGCAAUUGCACGUGACAUUUCAGAUGCGGAAACAGCAUCAAGAAAGCUCGUGCAAGAAGCUUACGCAAGGGGUAGCUGUGACAAUAUCACUUGCAUUGUUGUUCGAUUUGAGGUUUCUUGAGAAAGAACCAAAGUGGUGUCAAAAAGAGAGAGAACCAAAGUCGUAUAUGGUUCUGCUGUGAGUGUAUCAUCUUCAGCUGUUGCCUUCCCCCUUCCAUGGGCAAUUAAAAACAAGAUAUAAUUAUGAGACAGUGCCCCCUAAUUUUUCAUACAACACAUGUAGUUUCAGCUACAAUUUGUCUCAAGAAACGAUUUUUAUUUCGCAAAAGGAACUGAAAUACAUAGUUACUUCUUAUUAGUCUU